AUGUCCUUUCAGAUUUUGCAGCAAGGGGCUUCUCUGCAAACUACCGAUAACAAUUCCAUUGUCUACCUUUUCAAUCACAACCGGUCGCGAGACGCCACCGGUCACGCGUGCAAAAUCUUGGGCAAGGUUUCUUGCGGCGAUGUGUACGCCCGGGAAGUCGUCGGCAUGGAUGAAGAUAGUGGCCUGGGUGAGGUCCACCAGUUCUGCGCCUCCAUCGCCUGA